ACAUAUUAAAAAAAAAAAAAUCAGUACUUCUCUUUCUCCGCGUUCCAUUUCUCUUCCCCAGCGUGCGCAUCGGGGGUGCAAUCGAACAUCACUGCACAACCGAAUCAACCAGCAGCAACAUCUACUCCUGCCGCUUCCUUCUUUGAAUAAGGUUUCGUUGUACAAGAGAACAAGUCACCAUAUAACCUAUUGCAGAUUGGCGCGAAUCAUAGAGGAAACAUAAGAAGAUAGAGAUGUUUUCAUUAUUUUAUGGAUUGUAUAAAUACAUGUUUAGCAAGACAGAGUUUCAUGUCCUUAUUCUUGGGAUUGACAAGGCUGGGAAAACGACACUGUUAGAGAAAUUAAAGACACAAUACUCAAACUUGGAAGGCCUUCCACCAGAUCGUAUUGUUCCAACUGUGGGGCUCAAUAUUGGUCGCGUUGAAGUAUCAAAUACAAAGCUUGUAUUUUGGGAUUUAGGAGGUCAGCCUGGUCUUCGCUCAAUCUGGGAGAAGUAUUAUGAAGAGGCACAUGCUGUGAUAUUUGUUGUUGAUGCUGCUUGUCCAUCACGCUUUGAGGAUUCCAAAUCUGCACUUGAAAAGGUUCUCCGGCAUGAGGAUCUGCAAGGAGCACCACUUCUGAUAUUAGCAAACAAGCAGGACCUUGCAGAUGCUGUGUCAGCGGAAGAACUUGCCCGGUAUCUUGAUCUCAAGAAACUCGAUGAGAGAGCUUACACAUUUUUAGCUGUUUCAGGCUAUGAUGGGUUAGGAAUUAAGGAAAGUGUGAAUUGGCUCGUAGAUGUAAUGGAGAGGAGUAAGAGAACUGAAAUGUUGCAAAUUCGAGCAGGGGCAAACUUUAGCUCUACUUAGAAGGAAUUUCCAUUGCAAUAAUUUUUACCAUACCAUUCCUGUAACUUCUGUAAGUAAAUCAGGCUCAAGUUUUAAUCCCAUAGUACGUGAUAUUGAAAUUUCCUUAGUGAUACGUGUAAAAUGUGCUGUUAACAUUCGCAACUGCAAGCAUCUGCGAAGUUUACCUUCAAAUUACACUUCCUCAUUAGAAAGACGAAAAACAGUUCUUUGAUUUUCAUCGCAGGUGACUUGUAUUUUAUUGCUGGUUUCGUUCUGAAUGGAAACCCAAAUUGUGCACUGCAUUCA